AACAUAGUCGUGAACGGAAUACGAUAGGUAGAUGGUUGCUGUUCCCGUCACAAAAGUGUAUGCAAGCACGCGAGACAGAAGUAAAGCGGAUAAAGCAGGAAGAGUGAGAGAAGAAGGGUGUAACAGAGAUAGAUAGUGAGAAAGAAGUAUCAGUGUGUGAGGAGGUGAGGAAAAAAAUCAACGGUGUGUUGAGGCUAGAUGCCGAGGGAAGUUGUGCGUCUCAUGUUAAGUGUAAGUUGUAUUUAGUGAUUCCGGAGAAAUUUGUAUCCAUUAGAGAAUUGUAUAGAGAGGAUCGCUUACACAUCACCGGCUCUGAAGUGUGAACAAUGUCAGUCUGAGCAGUACUCUUUGAGGAAAUACUAUCCAUCCUGAGUUUUCUCGCGCGCUCUCGUGUUGAUUUUACGUCGUACGACGAAUAUUGUGUAAUUUCAUGAUCACUUUUCGUCUAAUGAAUCGCAUUAGACGUGGAGUCAUGCCAAUAAGAUAGUAAAUAGAUACUAACCAAUGUUUUCCGUACGUUUGGUUAGUGCGGACAGCUAUCAGGCAACGCCAUUGCCUCAGCUGGAUCCAACGUUUUCGGAGUUUCGUGGAGCAGAGAUCAAGUACGUGCCUAUAGUUCGUGUGUUUGGCACUACUCCAACAGGUGAUAAAACAUGUUUACACCUACAUGGAGCAUUCCCAUAUAUGUAUGUGCCAUGUACUGGAGAAGAUAACGCUGAUGGGUUUGCCUACAGACUUGCUGCAUCUUUGGAUGCAGCGAUCAAUAUAUCCUUAGGAUCGGCGAACUCCAACACUCAGCAUGUUUAUCAAGUACAAAGAAUAGCUGGAAUACCAUUUUAUGGAUAUCACAAGAGAGAACAUCAAUUCUUCAAGGUGUCCUUUUAUAAUCCAGCAAUAAUGAAAAAAGCAAUUGAUUUACUUCAAAAUGGUUCAGUGCUAAAUCAAAGCUUGCAACCUUACGAAGCACAUAUUCCAUUUAUCCUUCAAUUUAUGAUGGAUUAUAAUGUUCAUGGAAUGUCCAUGAUCAAUUUAUCAAGUGUAAAAUACCGACGUUCUACGCAAUCUCUUUCGGAGUUGAAGUCAUCAAAUGACAGCAUAAUUACGCCGGUCGAUGAACUUGACUAUCUUCCGUCGUCUGUUGAACGUCAGAGUAUAUGUAAAUUAGAAGUAGAUGCUCGAGUUUCUGAUAUUUUAAACAGAAAAGAUUUAGAGAAAGGUAUGGAGUUAAAUCCGGGACUUGCAGCAAUUUGGGAAGAAGAACGAGCGAGAAGAGCACAAGCUGGACUUCCGUGUGAUGAUUCUCAGCUCGUUAAUCCAAAAAGUCCAACAAGACCACCGUAUUGUCCAACUGAUAGUGAUGUGUAUCAAGAGCAAAGGUUAAACCGUAGACUACAAAUGAUAUCGCAAAGUGAUGAAACAUCACUUUCGACAACUUUCAACACUACAGUGUAUCCCGCAGAGGUUCAAGACAAUGAUCAGUUGAUGAAUGCAUCUAACUUGGGAACUUUUAGCGGUCAAAACUUGAACAAGACUCAACAUACUGACGAAGUUACAAGUUUCAAAUCUUUGGGUUUCUCACAAGAAUCGAAAAAUUCCCAAAUGACUAACGAAAGCAGUAUUUUGGAUUCCGAAGAUUUGCCGUUGGUGGAUAUACUGAUGGGUCUUGCUCGAGAUUCUGAAAAGUCAGAGUGUAUUGAUAAUGAUAGUAUUUUGGGUACCCAAACACCGGUAUUUUGUAAUCAAGAUAAUAAAAGUGAUAAUGAAGAUGACGAAACUAUUGACUUUAAUCUCACGUGCUUGGAAUUAAAUUCUUUAAGCCCUUGGGAGAGUGUUGAAAAGUCGCCUAGUCAGCUUGUUCCGGCAAACAUUUUAGACAUAAAUAGUAAAGCAACAGAAGUGAAUCUCAGUGAAAAUCGUGAUACUGAUGCUGAAAGUCGAGACUCAGAAGAAUCACGUUUACCACAAUUAGAUGGCGCGGGUGAUUUACUGUCCAGUUUCUUAGAAUCUGAAGAAGAAGAAAAUGUUAAAUUUCAAGAAGUCAAAAGAGUGCCUGAGUGUGAAACAUCGUAUUUAGAUUUUGAUAGGAUGCGAGUUUUAAAUACAAGAAUGUCGUGUACUGAUGAAGAAGCUUUUAUUGAAGAAUUAGCAUCUUCAGAGUCUAGUAAGUCUGAUAGACAUUCGGAUUAUUCCCCAACGUCUCCAGACGUUCCUUGGCCAUCAUUCUUACCAACAGAAUCAACCGUCGAUCAGUAUGCACUAAUGGACUAUAUCCCUUUAGGCUCUGAAUUUGAAACUGACUAUGAAAACGUUUUGAGUUUAGAUAGGGUGCUCUCAAAUACUGCUGACUCAACAAUAGGAACUAAUUUGCCAGUUGAAAGCGAGAGUGUCCCUUUGGAUAUCCCUUUGGAAAUGGUGCUAAAUGGUGAUCCGUGCUUCACUCAAACAGCGGAAAUGGAUAAGUCUGAUCUAACUGAACUUCAGGACCAAUAUGCUAGUCUUUUAGGCAGUGCACUUGUUCCAGACAUUUAUAACAACUUUCGUGACAGUGAUAGUGUAAAUAAUAAAAACUCUUUGUUAGAAUUAAAAGAGAAGUGCGAUCAAAUGUCUCCAAAUGUUCAAAACCUUCGACUUUUACGGGAUGAAAAAGUUUGUAAUUUAUCAUCUGAAAAUGUUGCACCCAAUAUUCAAGAGCCUGAUGCCAAAGUUUAUAAAAAUAAAUAUAACGACUGUAAAGACUUCAGUAGACUUCAUAAUGACAAUUCCGAUUAUAAUUGUAAUUUAGUGGCAAGAUGGGAAGAAUUGCAGGAUUUGCAAUUUAUUCCAAAACGAAUACUGAAGAGGAAACGUUUUAUGAGGUCAAGGAAGCGAAUUUUAAGACGUUGUCCUGCGUUAAGUGACUCUAUGAUAGCUCGAAAGAGAGGUUGCUUCAGGCGAGGAUCAGCAAAUUUAGCCAACAGAAUAUUCUCAAGAGAAAACAGUGCUGCACACAUUCCUGGUGACUUGUCAGAUACUUUACGAGAUUCUUUGCCAUCAGAAAUCGACGAAAAACCUUUAUUACCUGCACAAAAUGAUAAAAUAACUCCAACUGAUCAUAUUGAUACAACUGGUGAUGCGUUGAAAGUAUUUAUUGAUGAUUCUUGGAAAAUAGAUAACAGAACUGAUAAUUUUCCUUAUGUAUCAUCUUAUGAUAUCAAUGAAAAGUCUGAUAGUAAAUCUCCUACUUCAAUAGAAAAUGAUUUUUCACAGAACAUCUUGCGAGAUUUUUUCCCGAGUGACCCUAUGACUGAUGUAAGAAGUACAUUACCUGGAGUUCAGUAUUCUGCAUAUCCUCUGGGAGAAAAUGAAAACUUGGUCACUCCAAUACUUGAGGAUUUUGGAGAGUUAGUAGAUGUACCAAUUGAACAAAAUGCUGUUUCAGACUUGAAAUACCAAUCGCAUUACUCUUCCAUAAGAUCACAUAGUGGUAUACCAUUUGGAUUAUUUAAUCAUCGUCAUUGUCGUUAUUCGUUUAUUCGAUCGACCUUUGUCCAAGAUUAUUUAUUUACGAAUGACUCAGUAUGGGUAGUUGAAAAACGUAAAAGGGGAGGUUGUGCACGACCUUUAUCAUCAACAACGUGUACCAAACACUGUCGUUUACCAUUUGUGCUGUUGGAUAAGCUAAAUGUGAUGGAUAAAAAAGUGAAUACCAAAUUUGUACCAGUUUGUAGUGAUAAAAUUGAAGAUGUGGGUGAGAAUAGUGAUUUUGAAAACACUUGUGAUAAUAGUGGUAAUGGAAAUUUACUGUCGAUAGAAACAGAUGUUUCAAUAGACGGGAAAUUAGAUAUUCAGAAUGAAAUUGAUACAGAUCUAGCAAAUAAUGUAUUUGAUGAUAAAGAAUUAUCAGGUGUUGAUGAUUUAACGUUUACACAAUCAGCACAAAUAUCAUCUACGCAAAAUCAUGAUCAAUUGGAUUUAAGAAAAAAUGAUGGGCCUGUGAUUAUAAAACGAGUAUUUGAAGAAAUGUCUCAAGAUGGUAGCGCUUGUAAGAAAAAACGAUCAAUUAUACUAAAACUGGGAAACAGAAGUUCUAUGCCAAUAAAAGAAAAAAAUGAAAAUCAUUUGGUUGAAACUUUUAACGAGAACUUUGUUCAGUCUCGUGGAGAAAAGAAAAAGCGAGGAAGACCAAAGAGGAUAAGAGCAUUUAAUAAAAGAACGAUGACAGAAAGUUUUAGUGAGAAACCGAAGAUACAUAAAAGAAGGGAUUCUGAUCUUUUGUUAAUGCCCCCUACAAUAGCAACAGAGAAACCUUGCUUACGCAAUCAAAUAAUUAAUAAUACCUCCAUUAAAAUUGGUAAAGAAGUGACUGACAGUACUAUAGUAAAUGGAGAAUCUAAUAUUAUUUCUUCUUCUCAAUCCGAGUCAUCAUCCUCUCAUAAACGACCUGAGAUUUGGUGUUCAAUAAAUAAAAAGAACAUUGACUUGAGUCUUUUAGCAUUGAAAUCCCAUGAUAAAAAUCCUUAUAUAAAUUCAACAACAAAAUUACGAUCAAAACCAAUUGUUAUAAGACGCGUUGAGACAUUAUCAGAUAAAUACAAGAUAAAAAUUUCACCACCAAAAUUGUAUUUACCUGAAUAUCAUUAUGAAGCUGCUGAAGUUGAUACAACGUCGGAAGAAACUCUAUCAGAACUUGUAUUUAAUCAAACAUCUGAAGAAAAGGAAAAGCCGUCGUAUACCUCUAAAGAUCAUAUUUCUAGUGUUUCAAAAGUUCAACGAUUUAGUGACUUUGAUGAUUCAACUCUUGAUCUGUGUGAUUCUAUUUACAAAGAUGAUGUGGGAUCUAAUGAUAUAUUUGAGAAUGCGGAGUCUAUUGCAGAAAAUAGAAUUUCUAUAACUGAUUGCGCCAAUAGUGAUGAAUCACAACAAUAUACUCCUGUUGUUGGGGAAACAACUUUUUAUGCCAAUAAAAAUUACACAAUUGAUGCAAUUAGUCAAGAAAUACCUCAAUGUCUCUUUGAAGAAGAUUCUAUCACAGAAAAUUUACAGAAAAAAUUGUUAGAACCAUUUAUUGAAAGUUCUUUGAAUCAGAUGGAGCCUAAACAAAUUCAAGUAUUUGAUAAAAUUGAUCACAUUGUGAUGGAUAACGAAUCGAAUGGUGGUUGUGAGUUAAAUACUAAUUUAAAUGAACUCAAUACUUGUUCCAACAACAUGUUUAUUAAUAAUUCAUUAAUUAAUGUCACAGAAUUAAACAGUUAUUUAUCGGAGUCCGAUGAAAUUGAAGAAUUUACACCUCCAAGCUCAUCAAAAAUUUCCCGAUUAAUCAAUAAUAGAAGUCCACUACAUGAAUACGAUUCUAGUUUGUCAAGGCCUUCGUCACCAGAUGUGGACAGUUUAUCGAGUUGUUCUGAUUAUUGUGAUCAAAAACGAAACUUUGAUGAGGAAGAAAAAAUUAGCCAAAUGAUUGAAUCAAUGCUUGUUUUAACUGACGAUGAAGAAAAUAAUAUAGAUGAUAUAUUUGAUAACGCCUAUUUAGCUGGGUUAUCAGAGAAUGAUGAUUCAUCUGAUAUACAUGAUGAGAUGAACAGAAAGGAUAAUUUAGGAUGUAAUAAUGUUAAUAAAAACUCAAUAACAUCAAAAUCGAAAUAUUCACCAAAUAAAAUUUCCAUUAUUCGUAAAAUUUAUUUACCUAAAACAAAAUUGUCACAUAAAGUGCUUUCUAAAGAACGAAUUAGUCGUCAAAAUACAAAUGGUUAUGUAGACAAAUGUAAAAAUACAACAACAAAAGAAAACGUUGAUGAUGAUGUAGAUGAUAUGAAUAGUUUAUCCGAUACAAAACAAUUAAAUUCAUUUGAUUCAAAUGUCGAGGUCAUUAAUAAUAAUCUUAAUACUAUUUUUGGAACAAAAGAUUUAGACAGUAUUGAAUGUAAUGAGGACCGACUUAAACUUGAACAGAAUAAUGAAAAUCUACUUAAUGAAACAUACGAAAGCAUAAAGAGCCCUACAGACAGUCAAAUCUCUUCAGCUCAUGAAAAUAAUGGUGAUGAUAAUAGAACGGUGAAUACUAAAAAUGCUUGCUCAGAAAACAGUACGGAAAAUGAAAUUGAAAAUGAAAGAAAAAGUACACCUAUUCACACAUUUGAAGAUGUUAUUACUCUACAAGAUCCAGAAUCAUUCACAGGCCUAGAAAUAACUGUUGAAACAACGACAACAUCUUCAGAUGAUGAAAAUAUAUCAAAUACAAAUGAAUGUUAUUCAAAUGUUUUAAUCGAUAACCAACAAUCUCAAUGUAACGAAGGAAUCAAUCAAAAGAGCAAUGGGUCAAAUAAUAAUGUAAUUAUCAUUCAAUCUAAUGAUAUAAACAUUGAGACUAAUAUCGUUGAUUCACUAGAAAACUGCGCAAGUGUUAAAUCCGACGAAAAUAUUGUGAAUGUACUUGAUUGUGAAUCGGACUGUAAUAUUAAAGACAAUGAUGAUAGUAUUGAAACUGGUGAAAAAUUAGAAAGUAGUGAAAUAACAGUAAAGCCAACUGAGCUGACGGAAAAUCAAAUUACCAUAUUGAAUGAACCGGAAAAAGUUGAAAGAGUUGAAGUGCAUGCAGAAAUUGAAGUAUCUUAUGAGGAAAAUGUUGGAAUAAGUGCAGUAAACUCUGACAACACUUUAAAUGUUUUGCAAGCUGAUCAAAAUCAUGAAGAGUUUAAAAGCGAUAAUCACAGUGUUGAGUUACCCGAGUUGAAAAUUCAAGAUAAGAAUGUAACUGACUCUCACGAAAUACUUGCAUUAAAUGAAAGAGUAUCGUUUAUUCAUGAGAACGAAAAUAUAUCAGCAGACGUGAAAGAAAUGUCACAACAAUUCGAAGAUAAAUUGGAUAGUGUGAGUGAAAAAAAUAUGGAGUGCAUUAACAAUAAUUUUGAAAGUAAUUUACAGUACGAAGUAAUAGAAUCAGAUCAAGUAAAUAAUACAGAAGAAUUAAUGAAAAAUGCGGAUAAUGUUUUCAGUGACGAUUUGAUGAAAUCAGCGUUUGAUUGUAAAAAAGUGUCAGUUCGACUAGUGAGAAUGGAUGUCAAUGGUUUGAACCACUACUUGGGUAAUAAUAGAGGUGUUGAACUGGGUAUUUCUAUCGAUUCAAAUGGUAUGAAUUCGAAAAAAGAAGAUAAGGUGAGAAAAUCUACAAUGAAUAAGUCUGUUACGUUUAGUGAAGAAGUGUUAGUGUUUGAACUUAACGAAAAAGUUCCUUUAAUAGAUUUUGAAGCACGGGAAAGAGAAGAAGAAGAACAAGAAAGAGCGGCGGCGGCAGCAGCACUAGAAGAAAACAAUGAGAUUCAAAUAGAAGAUAAUGAUGAUGAAUUUAAUGAUGAUACAUUUGAUUACAACGAUGAAUUGCAAAAAAGUGAAAAACAAAUUACUAAUUCAGUUGAAGAUGAGUACGAAUCAAUUGUUAAACUUAAUCCAAUAAUUACUUUAGAUAAAAAUGAAUGUAGUUUAUUGUAUGAGGCUACCAAAAAAGAUGAUACUUUCAACAACAAUUCCUCUAAUCUUAAUAAGUUAUCACAUUUAAAUGGUGUGGUAAAUACGAAGCAAAAUGAAGUGCCGGAAAGUGAAAUGAAAAAAAGAAAAAGAGUAAAAUCAACAAGCAAGGAAAUGAAUUCGAAUAAAACAAUCUUAAAGAAAAAAAUAGCGACGGUAGAGUGUGUAAAAAAGUUGAAUCAAGAAAGGAAAUUCAAUGUAAGUGAAUAUAAUAGUGUCGUUAGUAAUGAACGUGCUCUUAGAGACCAGUAUACUGAGGAAAUGCAUAUUUCAUCGAUUAAUAAAGUAGACAAGAAAGUGAAGGAUAUUCUAACUAAAGAUAAAUCUUCACUAGUGAUGGAAAGACGAACAAACAAGAAACAACGCCCAAUCAAGGGAGAUUACAAUAAAUCUCCCAUGGAUGAGUCCACAAUAAGAAGAACAGAACUAGCAUGCAAACGCAAGCGAAACGUUCUACCGAAGCAAACUCAAUUAAAUUUAAAUACAACGCAAAAUGAUAUUGCUUUUGUUAAUUCAUCAUUGCAGGAAGUUUGCGAGCGAAAGCCUGAGGAUAAUAAUCGACUUCUACACACGUACCGGAUGUUAACGAGCUAUAGAAACAAAGUUCACACGUUAAGUAUUGACCAAAGAAUGGUAUUUACGAGGGUAACAAUCAGUAAUCAAGAGUUUCAUAGGAAGACGGUGAAAGAAGAAUUUUUAGAAGGUAUUGGACUGUAUCCGUUGAAGUCUAGAGGAUGUGGCUGGCAACCGGAACACACUAUCACUGGUUUUAUUCAGCUUGAACAACCCCGUAUAAUCCUGCAGAGACUUACCCCCAGUGUGUUAAAACGCUAUGGCUACACUCGAAGGUUUAAGAGCAAUAGAUUAGGCAAGAGAUUCAAGAUGGACGCGAAUCGAUUUACUAUACCAGCGUACGACGGCGCGGCGGAUUUAAGCUCUAGUGAUUCCGAACCGGAUACGGAUAUGACUCUAGAGAGUCUAGAGAAACGAGUCUGUGUCUACAGACGUCGUAGAAGUACUGAACGUGAGGCUGUUGUAACUCCAAGAAAACGGAAGGGUAUUCAUGAUGAGAAUGAUGCGGUAGAGAGUAAGCGUAGCACCCCAAAACGAGGUAUCGUGUCAUUACGAAAUUCUUGUUGUUCUCCUAAUAGAACAAAUAUGCUGAAGAGUCCUGGUUUAUCAAAAAAUUAUUCACCAUUAAAAAUAAUUGUCACAUCGCCUAAGGUAUAUGGAGACGUGCCAACCGAUUCUUAUCAGUCACGGGACGAUAGUCAUCACGUUGACGAUACAAACUCUGCGAUUUCAAUCAGCGUCACGCCGAGGAGACGGACAGCACUUCAUGAAAAUUUGCUUCGUGGUCGUAUUACUUCGUCUUUGUCUGCUAAUCAACAAGGAAGUAAUGGUGGGGUCAAAAAGACUGCUAGACAACAACUGUUGGGUGAGUUGAACAUAUUAGAUAUUCCUAGUACAAGCUCCUGUGAUGUAGAAAGCAUUUUUCCUACUUCAGUUGACGAAUAUCCCUGUGUAAAUAAAAGUCAAGAUAUAUUGUCUAAUAUCAAGGACACUACAAACGUUCGGAAGAAUUUAUUUCCCUCUAUUGAGAAUAAUCUGCGCAUCGCCGAGAUUUCAUGCUGUGCAACGGAAGAGCAGCAUAAAGAUCACAUUCAUAAAGUUUCGGAUCAGCAAAAUGAUAAAGAUGAGCUAGUUGAGUCUAGCGACGAUGAAAAUACAGUCAUAUUUGAGAAAAGUAGCCGAGAUUUUGAGUUAAAAUAUUCACCUUCUUCACCAAACGAAGAACAUGUCGAUAAUGAUAAUGAUGAUUUAUGUAAUGUUACCUUUACUCAAUACUUGAGUUCACAGCUUACAAAACAGCCAACUUCAUCAACAAAUAAUUGGAGUCAAAGUUCAUUAUCUCAACGAUUAUGCAUAAUUACUCCUAAAUUUAAUCCACCAACUACUCAAAGAAUUAUUGACACAAUGGAAUUGUAUAAAAUACCAAAGUGCAGAAAUUUACAACCAUUUUUUAGUGUACAAAGUGAUGCGCCUGGACAGAAAGAACUUGCACACAGGAUGUUGAAAGUACCUGGAAAAGGUCUAGCUGAUCUACUUGUUUUUAAAUCCAGCGUGGAAAAUAUUACAGGCAUCAAUCGCUGGAGAAGGAUGAAAGUUAAUGAGUUUCCGUCAAGCCAAGUGUUUAAAUCGAGUAAUAUACGACAAAGUCUUGCAGGUCAUUCAUCCGUUGUUAUUACACCUAUAGUACUACCACCUUCGUCAAAAAACGUGAUAAAAUGGGUCAGAGCACGAAACUACCUUAAAAAGAAAAAAGAACAAGACGAAGCAAAAGAGAAAACUGAAGUUAAAGCACAAGAAGAAAAACUCAAUAAGGCUCUAAUCGAGCGAGGAGAAGCGAGUGAGGAUUCUUCUGACUGUAGUAUCAUUGAACCGUCUCCGGAAAAAAUAGUUGAAUCGAAUUUGUCCAAAGUUUUAGGCCUGAGGUCGGGAACCAUAUCGAAGAAACUUUUCUCAAAUAACACAAGGGGUGUAGGGAAACCAUUUGAUUCAGUUAUAGAACAGAAGAGUCCAAAUAACUCACUUUCUACUGGUAGUUCUAACGUAACCGGAGAAGCUGCUCCCUCUCUAUUUAGUAUACUUGAAAAAUCAAACUUAUUUAAGGAGGAUGAAGUAUCAAAGCAUUUGGGUAUAUCCUGUGGUCAAAUUGAAUGUUUAACUAAUCCCAACAGAAGCAAUGCAUCGAAUGAAAAUAGACAAAAAGCCAAAACAUUAAUAACUUAUCAAUUUAUUACCAUUUUGUGUGUGGAAGUUCACGUCGUAACUCGCCAAGAUUUACUACCGGAUCCACAACACGAUUCUAUUUCUGCGCUGUUUUAUGCUGUACAAAGUGACGUACCACCAACGUCAAAUAUAAAACCACUGGAACAUGGUGUGAUUGCUGUUGCUGAUCAAAGUGAAAGUAAACUCGGAUACACUUAUGGCUCUUCUCUGCCUUUUACAUUGACAGUCGUUGCUAACGAAGAAGAACUUUUCAACGCCUUCAUCGAUUUAGUUACCCGUAUUGAUCCCGAGAUAUUUAUCGGAUGGGAAAUAGAAUCUUUAUCCUGGGGAUACAUUUUCCAACGAGCUUCACGGCUUGGUAUCAAUUUAUCUAAGCGGAUUUCACGGAUCCCGAGUGUUCAGUGUAAAUGGGAAACCCAAGAAGUAGAUUUAGAUGCAUUGGCAGAAAUGAAGCUUCCAGGCCGCAUAGUCCUUGAUAUUUGGCGAAUAAUGAGAGGGGAAAUCUCUUUGUUAACUUAUACUUUUGAAAAUGUUAUGUAUCAUGUGAUGAACGAGAGGUUUCCGUGUCCAUCAUUCAAAGCUUUAACUACAUGGUGGGAGGCCAAACAAACACAAACACGGUGGAAAGUAGUUCAACAUUAUAGUACCAAAGUUUUGGGUGUUUUGAGAAUUCUGGAACAAUUAGAUAUAAUUGGGCGAACGAGUGAACACGCUCGUCUAUUUGGAAUUCAAUUUUAUGAAGUUUUUUCCCGUGGCUCGCAGUACCGAGUUGAAUCAAUAAUGCUAAGGCUUGCUAAACCGUUAAAUUAUAUCCCUGUAUCACCAUCUCCACUGCAAAGAGCUAGGAUGAGAGCAAUGGAAGCACUUCCUUUAAUUAUGGAACCGGAAUCUAUGUUCUAUAGUGAUCCUGUAAUAGUUCUGGAUUUUCAAAGUUUAUAUCCCAGUAUUAUUAUCGCUCAUAAUUAUUGCUUUUCUACAUGUCUAGGACGUAUUGAGCAUAUUGGGCAAUCAGAACCUUAUGAAUUUGGCGCUCAUGUAUUAAGGAUAAAUAAAAGUACUGCUAUGAAGCUUCAAGGUAAAGUUAAUUAUGCACCUUGUGGUGUAGCUUUUGUUAAACCUGAAGUACGUCUCGGCAUUUUGCCAAGAAUGCUAAUGGAAAUAUUGGAAACACGUUUUAUGGUGAAGAAAGCAAUGAAAGAUCACUCCAAGGAUGAUAAAUUGCUCCAACGAGUUCUACAUUCACGGCAACAUGGACUCAAAUAUCUAGCCAACGUUACCUACGGUUAUACAGCUGCUAAUUUUAGUGGAAGAAUGCCAUGCAUUGAGCUAGGAGAUAGUGUUAUAAGUAAGGCAAAAGAGACUCUUGAACGUGCGAUAAAACUUGUAGAAUCAACGCCAAGAUGGGGAGCUCGAGUGGUUUAUGGAGAUACUGAUUCUCUUUUCAUCCUUGUACCUGGAAAAUCGAAAGACGAUGCUUUCAAAAUUGGUAAUGAAAUUGCUGAUGCCGUUACAGCGUCUAAUCUUACACCCAUUAAACUCAAGUUUGAAAAAGUUUUGUUCCCAACUAUCUUACAGACAAAAAAACGUUAUUGUGGAUAUAUGUACGAAACUCCAGAUCAAAAAGAGCCAACAUAUUUAGCAAAAGGUAUUGAAACUGUCAGACGAGAUGGAUGUCCUGCUGUUUCAAAGAUUUUAGAAAAAUCACUUCGGAUUUUGUUUGACACAAAAGAUGUUUCUUUGGUUAAGAAAUAUGUCACACGACAACUAGAUAAAGUUUUAAAUGGAAAAGUAUCAAUACAAGACUUGACUUUUGCCAAAGAGUUUCGUGGUUUAAAGGGAUACAAAGAUAAGGCAUGUGUACCAGCACUUGAACUCACACGAAGAUUAAUGAAAAAAGACCCUCGAGCUUGUCCACGUCGAGGGGAACGAGUUCGUUACAUUGUUGUUGCGGGUGCACCAAAUCAAGCUCUAAUUCAUUGUGUUCGUUCACCGUGGGAAUUGAUCAACGAUCCCGGAUUGCGACCCAAUGGCACAUAUUAUGUCACUAGAGUGAUUAUUCCACCACUUAAUCGCUGUUUAAAUUUGAUGGGGGUUGAUGUCAAUGCUUGGUAUAGAGAAAUGCCUCAUCGACAUAUUCUUGACAAUCCAGUGGCGUUGCCGCAUGACCGACAGAAACAAACAAUUUUUCAAUAUUUUGGCACCAUUAUCUGUGCCUCCUGCGGGCGUUCAUCUAACAGAGGCAUUUGUGAUGAAUGCAUUGCUCAUCCUACUGAAACACUUAUCACACUAAAUGAAAAGUUACGGUCUUUAGAAAGAACUAUGGAUCAAGUAACCCGGAUUUGUCAGUCGUGCAUUGGACGAGGAGACAUUGUAGACUGUUGUUCGUUAGAUUGUCCAGUUCUUUAUCGUCGCACACAAACAGAAAAGGAAUUAUCUCAAAGCGUCCAAAUACGUAAAAUCAUCGAAGAAGGUGAUAAUUUUGAAUUUUAAAGAAAGUAAUCAAAAUUUCAAAUAUUUAUAACGUCUUUCAAUUUUUGUGCUUCCCUGAAAAAUUGUAAAGACGUUUAAGAAAAUUUCUAUUGAUGUUAUAGUUUAAUCAUUCCAGCGUUUUUGUUUUUUCGGAAUUGUCCUAUUAGGAAAGCUUUAAUAUGUUUAAAUUAAUAUUAUAUAAAUAUAUUAAAUAACUUAUUUUGUAGAAUCAUCACAUCAUAUAAAAGUAUCCAUUAUUAGUAAUUAUCAGUAACUUGAAAAUCAUUAUAAUUAUCAGAUAGAGUAAAUUUUUUUCAUUAACAAAAAAGAGAACAUGACAAUUAUAACAAAGUAAAAGAAAAGUAUUAUUUUCAAUAAAUCAAAAUUUUUUCGUAUAUUUGUUUUUAUAUUAAUAAAUUUCAUAAAUGAAAUCAUGAUAUCUGAUGUUCUUAUAUGACGUGACAUAAGGCAAUAUUUGUAUAUAUUUUUUCAUAGUUAAUCAAGGGAUCACCUAAUUGUUCUACAUUAAUAUUAAUUAAUAAUUUUCUCUGAUAAAAUUUAGUACAUCUAUUUUCUCAUUUUCAUUUGUUGUAUAAAACUCAACAAUCACCAAAGUCAGAAUUUAUGAUGUGCAUGUUGCUGAUAUAAACAAAACUAAUUAAUUCGUAUUACAUAAACUUUUCUUAUGAAUUUUAUAAAUAUACAUACAUAUAUAUAUAUAUAUAUAUAUUUUCUUUUUUAACUGAGCAAUACGUAAAUAAUUCAAUACUUAUACUACACUUCCGAAGUUCCAAAGGCUUGUAUAUUUGUAAAAAAAAUCAAGUAAUACAAAAAAAAAAAAAAACAAAAAAUGAAAGGCAAUAGACUCAAUAAAUCAUUAGAUCAUUCAUCGAAUUAAUUAGUAAGCGGGACAAGUAAUUUUUAAGAUUAAAAAAUGUUAAAAAUUCACUUGUCUUUGUCAAAAGUAAGAUGUAAAAUAAUUUCACGGUAUUACCUCUGCUAUUAUAAAUAAUUAUUAAGGGGAUACCGUUUCCAAGUGCCAUUGUUCUUUAUUGUUAGUUCCUCAGAGGUACUUACCGAAUUAAUAUAAAAAAGGUUUGAUAUAAUUUCAUAAAUAUAUCAUUAAUUUAUACCAACUUCAUGAAAAUAUACUAAGUAUAAACAUAUAAAGUCCAUAAAAAAAAUAUAAAUGUAACAACCCAUUUAGAUUUUUACCGCCGGCGGUUCUCAAAAUUAUAGGAAAGUAAAAAAUAAAAAUUGUAUCGAGUGUAAAUACAUAUACAUAUAAAUCUAUAUAUAUAUAUAUAUUGCAUUUAAUGUAAAAAAAAAACUUAAGUCUGCAUAUUAGAUACUAAUAAUAAUGAU